CUGUAGAACUGACAGGCUGACAACGUGUGCGUUAUGAUUCCCUACCAGGAUCUUAACACCUGGCUCACUCUGCAUCAGGAACCAGUAUAGGUCAGGUGUGUAAUUAUUCUCUGCCAGGUGAUGUGGCUUUAAUAAUCGGCCGUACGUGUGACUGGCAGUGCAGAUACAACAGACGGUUGUGUGAGUGAGUGGGUGAUAGACGUAUAUAUAUAUAUUCCUUGUUUCUGGAGAGAUGUACGGCUCUAAUGACUGUCCCAGUUCGUUCAGGUAUAGCGCUGUGUCGCACACCGCCCUGGGGACACAAAUGUCAUCCUUCCUGAGACAGCAUCUGGAACACAAACAUAAGUCUUCCUGGCCGAAUGGUUUCGAAACGUGGCGGACCACGUGGAGAAGGCUGAUAUCUAUGGAGAGGAAGAAAGUGGUCAGCCUAGCAACACUGGUCAUUCAGACCACCUGUCUAGUGUUGACCAUGAGAUAUUCGAGAAUCACCCAAGCUGGGAGUCCUCGUUACAUAACAUCAACUGCUGUCGUCACAUCAGAGGUCCUGAAAUUGUUCACUUGUUGUGUCAUCAUGUACCUCACCAACGACAGAUCACUGAGUAUAGCAAAGACAGACAUAGUUAAACAGAUGAAGGAAAUAUUGAGACUGGCUGUUCCUUCUGGUCUCUACACCAUACAGAACAACCUUCAGUUUGUAGCGGUCUCCAACUUAGAUGCUGCUACUUUCCAGGUGACAUACCAGUUGAAGAUAUUAACAACAGCAGUGUUUUCUGUUAUGUUCCUUGGAAGACAUUUGACUGUAUUGAAAUGGCUGUCUCUGGUCCUUCUUACUGCUGGAGUGGGGCUCGUCCAGAUCCCCAAGUCCAAGAGUGACUGUUACUUAGACAGCACCGGUGAACUUGUAUGUAAUCCUACCAAAGACAGUGAUAAGACAAAGCCUCUGAUUGGCCUUAUAGCUGUGUCUGUGAUGUGUGUAAGCAGUGGAUUUGCUGGAGUUUAUUUUGAAAAGAUUCUCAAGUCUUCCAGUCAGUCCUUAUGGGCAAGGAAUUUCCAGUUAGCCGUUUCCAGUGUUGUUAUGGGAAGUUUUUGUAUGAUACUGUUUGACUAUGAAGCUUUAAUAAAAUAUGGAUUUUUCUAUGGAUAUACUCUACUGACGUGGUUCGUAGUAUUUCAACAGGCAGCAAUUGGGCUAGUGGUUUCACUUGUGAUAAAAUAUGCAGACAAUAUUUUAAAAGGAUUUGCCUCAGCAAUAUCUAUAGUACUGUCCACUCUGGUGUCAAUUUUAGUUCUUGGUGAUCUCACACCCACCAGCAUGUAUUUCCUGGGGACUUUUCUUGUAGUUGGUGCAACAUUUCUGUACAGCAUAAACCAAACAACCAGAAAACAGAAUGGCAUCACUUCAUCAGUUUGAUACCAACUUGUGUUCAUGACUUCACUUUCCUACAAAUACUUGUUCUGCCCCAAACAUUUGUCACCAACAAGAAAACUUAAUGACACCAUAUGAUGCUGUUUAAUCAUUGUAUAGUGGCAUUGGGUAUGAACCAUAUGGUAAUUACUUUCAGAGGUUUGAAACAGUCAAAAGAAUUUUUUUUAAAUUACUUGGGUUAGAAAAAUAUUUUGUGAGUUCUAGAACAUUAACACAAGGAACUGCUUUAGGAUUAAAAUAUUAUCAUUUGAACAAAAAAAGAAAAGAAAAGGAAUUGCUUCAAAAUCCUGUGCAUUCUAGAAUACUCAAAGAGUAACUAUUUGUAUACUACUUCAAAAUUCUAUGAAUUGUAGAAUACUGAACACACUACAUGUUCAGACAGGAACAAAAUAGUGCCCUAACGCCUGUGAAUUCGAAAUGGUAAGAAAAAUCGUCAAAUUGUUUCAGAAUUCUACAGCAUUCCUCUACAAAUGGAUUAUCAUGCUUACAAAUCAGAACAUUUAUAUGUGCAGGUAACCUUCAUUGUGACAGGAAAUAUUGUUUAUGUGAUACAAGCCUUUAUGUAUGAACAACUGUCUUCCAUGGGAGGGCAAAACGUAGCCCAGUGGUAAAGUGCUCGCUUGAUGCAUGGUCAGUUUAGGAUCGAUCCCAGUCAGUGGGCCCAUUGGGCUAUUUUUCACUCCAGCCAGUGCACCACGACUGGUACAUUAAAA